UUUGUAACUCUUCACGCGCUCAAUCAUAAGCACUACCAUUCUGCUCCCCUACCCUACAGUACACUAUAUUUGCGGAGACUACAGUAGUCAGUAACAACUCGAUGAAAAAGAGGGAUCAUCAUUUAGACGCAGCAAGCAAGAUAUGUGACAUAAUUGUAACCGCCUGUCCCAGAUUCAUUACGUAUCGACGAUCGAUGCGAAUGACGCAUUAACGUUGUAACAACGUAUAUCGUCAGCUGAAACAUUGCGUGAGCGAAUACGAGUCUCUGAGUUAAAAGCACCCCUCCCUUCCACAUAGUUUUUCCAAGAAAAAAAAGUUUGAGCGCCCGCCUCACCAAAAAAUCCACCUGCUUGCCUCCUUGCAAUUGCACAGCUGGCCAUGCCAAUUCACAUUCGGUCAGAAUCUCCACAGAGGGACAGGGAAGGCUCUCAGACAAUCCACUUACCUUUCCGCUCUCGUCUAAACUUUCUCCGACUACUUCUUCCUCCGGCAACCCUGCGCUUAUACGAUAACGAAUCUCCCAGCGAAAAUCGUGUGAAUGCUCACACACAUUUCUUGUUGCGUAACAUAGAGCUCUUAACGGAUUUUGAGGAUGACAGUAGCGAUGAAGAUAGCGAGAUAGAAACACAUUAUACACCACCACGAAGGCGACCACGGCAAAACACAGAUCCUCGACAAAACUACUCCGAUGAUUCGUCGCGCGGUAUCCCAACUGACAUAUAUGAAAGUGACGAUAGUGAAGAGAGUAAUAGCACAAUGCGAAACUUGGAAGAAUCAUUAUUCAAUGACAUGUACAUCCAUCGUCGAUCUAGCUUGGAUGAAGAAAAAUCUAUUCAGGAUGAUGACGAGGAACUACAAAAUCUAUUUAUAAAGCGGGUUUCGAACGAAAAGGACUCCACAAUCUAUUUGACGGCAGAUGGAACAUACGAUCCUAUGGUAUCGUUUGUGGCCCGAGUGCUAGACGGUACCUACGGCGGUACACCAAGAAGCGGAAUAGUAUGCUGCAAAGACGUUUUACCUGUAAGCGAUGCACCCGAAUCACAAACGGAUCUUCGAGGACUGCAAGCUAUUAUAAAAAGAAUAAGUCGGAUGAUAGAAGAUCUGCCGAGUUCUAGUAUACAACGUAGCCAUGUAUAUGAUUACAUUCAAACCAUAGAAGCCCAGCCAAUACUCGAUCGAUAGAAACCCUUUUUUUACGUGGUCUAACUUUUUUUUUUGACUCGCGCUUUUCGCAAUGUGUGACAUCAUACAAAAUUGGGGCAGCUGCAUGGCAUUGGGUGUGAACUAGCUCCUCUAAGUCUAUC